AUGAGCAUUUCGAUCGUUUCUGUAUUCUUUUUAGAGGUUUUUUUCUCAAUGACAAUGAUGCUUACUAUACUUCAUUGCAAAAAUGCUAAAUUGAGUCUUUUUAAGGACAAUGUACCAGGAUUUUUAGCAGGCCAAAUUGGAAUUUAUUUUGGAGUAUCUUGUAUAGGCAAGAGAACAGGUGCAGUCAUGAGUCCAAACAUAGGCUUUUGUAACGUGACAUUUGUUGCUAUGGUAUAAAACAGAUCAGAUGUACUGCCAUAUUUAGCUUCUUACUUUAUUGGCCCGUAUUGUGGGUCUUUAAUUGCAGGUAUAUUUGUGAAGUAUGUAGCCAUUCCGACCAUAAGAAUUAUUGAAGCUGAUAAGGAGCUAAGGAAGUUGGAAUUCCAAACCAUAUCUACUGCUUCAUCACUAAAUACUAUCAAAACAGAACCAAUGAAGCAAGGAAAAAAAUAAUAUUACUGA